AUGGGUAUCUUCACAUACGAAACCGAGUUCACCUCUGUCAUUGCUCCACCUAGGUUGUUCAAAGCCCUUGUUCUAGAUGCUGACAACCUCGUCCCAAAGAUUGCUCCACAAGCAGUUAAAAGUGCUGAAAUUGUUGAAGGAGAUGGAGGUGUUGGAACCAUCAAGAAGACUAGCUUUGGGGAAGGAAGUGAAUACAGCUAUGUGAAGCACCAGGUUGAUGCGCUUGACAAAGAUAACUUUGUGUACAGCUACAGUUUGAUUGAAGGAGAUGCUCUUUCAGACAAAAUUGAGAAAAUCUCUUAUGAGAUUAAGUUGGUGGCAUCUGCAGAUGGCGGUUCCAUCAUAAAAAACACCAGCAACUACCACACCAAGGGAGAUGUUGAGAUCAAGGAAGAGCAUGUUAAGGCUGGCAAAGAAAGGGCCCAUGCUUUGUUCAAGGUUAUUGAGACCUAUCUUGUGGCCAACCCUGAUGCCUACAACUAA